CAGCCGUGUACUGCCGUAGCAAAAGAAGCUGCCUACUACUGUGCAUUGAUUGUGUGUUAAUUCUAAGGGUAGUUACCUUAUCUCUUGAAAUCAGUGGUAUUCACCAUGUACCACCAACCGGUAUUGAAAAACCGGCGCACCCUUUUGGAACGAGCUGAGAAGUUUGUUUCUGAAGUUUAUUUCACCGAUUGCAAUCUCAGAGGAAGGCUGUACGGAGAAACAUGCCCCUUAGAAUCAAUUUCUUGCUUCCUGUCUGCAAAACGUAUUCCAUUCUCAGAAGCCGUGCAACAGAAGUUUCAGCCAUGCAGCAUUGGCGACAGCUUUGGACCUACGUGGUGGACAUGCUGGUUUAAGGUGUCGUUGACCAUCCCUGAUGCCUGGAGAGGGAGACAGGUACAUCUCAGAUGGGAGAGUGAUGCAGAAGGCUUGGUCUGGAGAGAUGGACUGCCAGUACAGGGGUUAACAAAAGAGGGUGAGAAGACCAGUUAUGUCCUGACAGAGUGUCUGCAGGAUGAUGAACCACACAGUGUCACCCUCUAUGUGGAGAUGGCCUGUAAUGGGCUGUUCGGGGCAGGGCAGGGCACCUCGAUAGGGCCCCCAGACCCUAACCGGAAGUACACCAUUCAAAAGGCAGAACUUGUUGUCUUCAACCAGGAUGUUCGAGAUCUUACGACCGACAUCGAGAUGCUUGUGGAUAUUGUAAAGUGCCUGGGUGAGGAUAAUCAGCGUGGGUACCAGGCGUUGUUUACGGUAAACGAGAUGGUGAACCUGUGCAACCCUGCCGAGCCCGGCUCCUUCCCUGCUUCCCGCAGUCUGGCCCAGAGGUUCUUCAGCCAGCGGAACGGCCAGAGCCAGCACAUUGUCCACGCCAUGGGCCACUGUCACAUUGACUCAGCCUGGCUUUGGCCUUACGAGGAGACAAUCCGGAAGUGUGCUCGCAGCUGGGUGACUGUGAUUCGCCUCAUGGAGAAGAACCCAGAGUUUGUUUUCACCUGUUCCCAGGCUCAGCAAUUUGAGUGGGUGAAGAGCCAUUACCCAGGCCUUUUCACACAAAUCCAGAGCUUUGUGCAAAGGGGGCAGUUUAUCCCAGUUGGCGGCACUUGGGUGGAAAUGGAUGGAAAUCUGCCCUCAGGGGAGGCAAUGGUCAGACAGUUUUUAGAAGGGCAGCGUUUCUUCCAUAAAGAGUUUGGGAGCUACUGCAAAGAGUUCUGGUUGCCGGACACAUUUGGCUACUCUGCGCAGCUCCCUCAGAUCAUGCAGGGCUGUGGGAUCACACGGUUUCUGACCCAGAAACUCAGCUGGAAUCUGGUCAACACCUUCCCGCAUAACACCUUCUUCUGGGAAGGGCUGGAUGGCUCUCGGGUCCUUACCCACUUCCCCCCUGGGAACUCCUACGAGAUGAAGGGCAAAGUGGAGGAUCUGAUCAACACUUUGAAAAACAAUAAGGACAAAGGAAGAGCCAAUCACAGCGCACUCCUGUUUGGUUUCGGGGAUGGGGGUGGAGGCCCCACCCAACUUAUGCUGGACCGACUCCAGCGAGUCCAGGACACAGAUGGCCUGCCCAAGGUUCAGAUGUCCAGUCCUGACAGACUUUUCUCCGAGCUUGAGGCUAACAAGGAUCUUCUCUGCUCCUGGACUGGAGAGCUCUUCCUAGAACUUCACAACGGCACCUACACUACUCAGGCACAGAUUAAGCUGGGCAACCGUCAAUGCCAGGCCUUGCUUCAUGACAUUGAGGUGGUCAGCAGUCUGGCACUGUGCCGAAGCCAGACCUUCCAGUAUCCAUCCAGCAAACUGCAGGAGCUGUGGAGGCUGCUACUUCUCAACCAGUUCCAUGAUGUGCUCCCAGGCAGCUGCAUCGAGCUGGUGGUGCAAGAUGCUUUGAAAUACUACCAGGACAUCCGGCAAGCUGGGGGCAAGCUCCUGCAGGAGGCGUGUGGAGCACUGUGGGCAGAAGCGCAGGAGGGUGGGACUACUGCUGCACUGAACACCCUUCCAUGGGAGCGCAGUGAGGUCAUCUCACUGCCAGGGGGCACUGCUGAGUCACAGCUAGCCUUUGUUAAAGUCCCCAGUAUUGGUGUUGCUCCGGUCGAUGACUCUGCACAGCCUGUGCAUCCGGUGUCUGUCACAGUUCAGGCUGAUGGCACCGUCGUCAUGGAGAACGGGAUUCUGCGUGUGGUUAUAGAUACGACAGGCCGCCUGGUCUCCCUGUGCUUGGUGGAGGCAAACAGAGAGGCCAUUGCUGACGGCUGCAGCGGGAACCAGUUUGUUUUGUUUGAUGACAUCCCCCUGUUCUGGGACGCGUGGGAUGUGAUGGACUACCACCUCCAGACCAGGAAACCCGUGGUUAAGGUGGCAAGCCCUGUCAAGGUGGUGAGCAGCGGGGGACUGCGAGGCAGCGUGAAGUUCUCUCUGUCGAUCAGUGGGAAUAGCUCUCUCACCCAGGAAAUCAUUCUGGAUGCCAUGUGUCCUUUCCUCAAGUUCACCACACAGGUGGAUUGGGCGGAAUCGCACAAGUUCCUCAAGGUGGAGUUUCCUGUGCGGGUACGCAGUCCCAAUGCCACCUACGAGAUCCAGUUUGGCCACCUGCAGAGACCCACCCACAGGAACACCUCCUGGGACUGGGCCCGCUUCGAGGUUUGGGGUCACAAAUGGGCGGAUCUGUCUGAGCAUGGCUUUGGAGUGGCCAUUCUGAACAACUGCAAAUAUGGCUACUUCACUUUCGGGAACACCAUGACCCUGUCUUUGCUUCGUUCCCCAAAGUCCCCUGAUGCUAAUGCUGACAUGGGGCAUCAUCAAUUUACCUACGCAGUGAUGCCGCAUACAGGUUCCUUCCAGGAUGCAUCUGUCAUCCAGUGUGCGUACAACCUCAACUACCCCCUGCGGCUGAUCCCCGACACACCCCUCGACCUCUCAUGGAGCGCGUUCUCAGUCAGCUCCCCCGCUGUCGUGCUAGAGACCGUCAAACAGGCGGAGGAUCGGAAGGAUGCACUCCUCGCUCGACUGUAUGAGUCUCACGGAAGCAGCGUGUCUGUGACCCUCACUACCUCACUGCCAGUUAGGGAGGCUUUGCACUGCGAUCUUCUGGAGCGACCUGAUUUGUCUCGUCUUGUACCCGUCGGAGAAUCUGGGAUUCAUCUGAAUUUCACACCCUUCCAAAUUGUGUCCCUUCUGCUGAUUCUAAAAUGAAGUCCAUUAGCAUAACCUCAGCAUGUCUCAGCAGAGUUUAGAAGCCUUCUCUCCAGAAGUCAUGACGAAAUCGGUUAUAGUUAUGGGACCCGGUGCAUCAAUUGUGAGGAAAAAUUCCAGCAAGUUGACAUGUGUG